GAGCUCUAGCAAUCACUCUGCUGUCUGUGCUCAUAAGUACGUUCCUGUUUCUGCGAUGAAGAUUUACAUUAAAUGUACUGUUAUUCCGAGUGAUCCAAGUUCUUAAUAAGCCCAAACUUUUUAGCCUAGCCUAGCAAGCUCUCUAGGGCUUUCUCUAAACAAACGCUGCUUGAGUAAGCCAUGUUCAAUGUGAUAAUUACUCUGUUCUUUUCUACUUUCAAGUGGAUCAAGCAGAGGUUAAUGCUCAAUUUGAUGCAAAGAAGAAAGAAUUUCGUCACAAGAGAAGUAGUGGUCCUCGCAACGAAAGUCAACCCAAGAUCAAGCGAUCAAAGCCGCCCAAGAAAGCUUCAGUGUCUGAGGAGGAGAAAACACGCAGGCGGAUCUAUGAACUAAACAAGUUAGAGGCUGCGAAACGAUCCAAUGUUCAAGUGCUUCAAAGGAUAAGAGGGCAGGAUGAUGAUGGUCCGUACAACCCUGAAAAUGAUGACGAUGAGCAAUCUAAUUAUAAUUCUGAUACUGGUUCGGAUUCAGACGAGUGUCUAUCUAGUCUGGCCCAAAAGAAACAAGGGGAUAACCUAGUGAAAGAGCUCAGGGAUGUUUCUAACACUCCUAAACCGAGUGAACGAGAUGGCCCCUCCAAGGAAGAUCUUCUUGAUCAAGUAGCAAUUCUGAAAGUGAAACUUCGAGAUGCUAUGUCAGGUAGCAGCAAAAGAAGAAUACUGACUACUGACAGCUCGCCAGGUUCUAGCAAUAGCCUAAUGGAGGGUAGUAAACGAAAUAAUUUGGAAAAUGUUUUGGCUGGCAUUGACAAUUUUCAUGAUGAGACCGGCUUUGUAGCUGAUCCAUCAUCUAAAGAUGACCUAGACGAUGUUGAGUUAGAUCUUGAUGAUUGUUCUACGUACGGACUGGGUGAUCAACUGUAUGGUGAGAGCCGAGAUACUAAACUUCUUGCCAAGAAUAUAUAUUGCAAGGUAGAUGUGCCCGCAAAGGCACUGGCAUCUGCUACCAAUCUGAACAGCCUUGUCAGGCGACUUCUGCCAGGAGUUUUCAUCCCAUCAAAAGUGCUGGACUGCACUGUUACGGGUCAAAGCUGGAGAGCAGGUGGGGCCGAGGUUGCAGCAAUACAGAAGACUCCAUUGCACCCAGUUGCCCUUCAAGCAAUUCUUGAUUUUGCUUUUGCUGUUGCUAAGAAAAAACAUUGGUCGGCUACUCGGCGACUGGCCAAACUCAAGCCAGUCAUAACUCGAAGACUGAUAGAAAUGAAAAAUCAGUUUAGGAAAGGAACCCUCCGCGAUUAGUUGCUACCUCUUUCUGAUCUUUCAGUUUGCUUUGACUUGACUGCUUAUUGCUGUGAUUUUUUU